UGGGGCAGAUACCACUAAUGUACCUAGACACCGCUCCCCAGGGAUGUACUUUCUGGAGCGUACCUCUUUUUUUUUUUUUUUUUUUUACGUGCGACCGCGUAGUACAAGGCAAGAUCAAUCAGUCCAACCUGACGAGGAUCAAAUCAGUAAUCACGCUAGCGCCCGGGGCCAAUACAAAAGGACCUCCCACCCACCACCUUUUCUCCGUCGAACAUCUCUUGACUUCUUCUCCAUCUUCCAUCUCUAACUUCUGCCAGCACAACAAAUAUUUGGAUUCGUUCCGAUCUUUACAUUUCACUCAACAUACCAACUUAUACCCCAUUUUCGAUUUUUAUUCUCUAAUCAUCCAACAUGCCUCCCAAAGCUGCCGACAAGAAGCCCGCCUCCAAGGCCCCGGCUACCGCUCAGAAGGCCCCCGAAAAGAAGGAUGCCGGCAAGAAGACCGCCGCUACUGGCGAGAAGAAGAAGCGCACCAAGGCCCGCAAGGAGACAUACUCGUCAUACAUCUACAAGGUUCUCAAGCAGGUCCACCCCGACACUGGUAUCUCCAACCGUGCCAUGUCUAUCUUAAACUCGUUCGUCAAUGAUAUCUUCGAGCGAGUUGCAACCGAAGCCUCCAAACUUGCUGCCUACAACAAGAAGUCCACCAUCUCCUCCCGAGAAAUUCAGACCUCAGUCCGUCUGAUUCUCCCUGGUGAGCUUGCGAAGCACGCCGUCUCUGAAGGAACUAAGGCGGUCACCAAGUACUCGUCAUCCACGAAAUAAGUGCUUGGUUUUCUGCGUCUGGUUUCUCUUUUGGGCAUGGGACUUUUUUCUGAUUUGGCAUCAUGAACGAGACUCACUCAGCCAAAACUUGGUUUUUCAUCAUGUCCCCACAUACGGGAGUCUCAAUAAUGCGUUACGGAUGGUUUGCUUUUUACUAAGGGGGCAAUGUCUUCGCACAACACGGUCUGGGGUUUGCGGUUGUACAAUACUCUUUCCCGAUAGGGUUUCGGAAUGAAUCUGCAUAUGAACAAACGCCCUGAGUUUCAUCUUUAAACAUCGUGAAUAAUGCUAAUACUAAAGGUCUUCCCAUCCCAUAUUGUCUUGAUUGGUUUUGUGUGUUUUGUAAGAUAAUUUGUCGGCAUAUCUGGUUGGGUGAUGUGCGGGGCAGUUAGAGGUCUGGCCUGCGUUCGAACACGUAUAACACCUUGAUUUAACUGUCCGUGUUUGCUUAAAUUCAGC